AUGACCAAGGAUGAGGCAGCGAUUAAGGCUGUUGGUGAUCCUGAGAAGCUGUUUGCGAGGGAGUUGGAGGGGUGGAAAGGAUACGUUGAGUGGGAGAACUACCCCGAGAAGAAGGAAGCUGCGCACAAGAUCCUCAUCUCCCAAGCCUUCCCUCCGAACCCUGAGUUUCAGUUGGGACCGAUUCCUGAUACCAAUCCCGUGCUUCCUGGAACGCACUGGAAGCAGUGGCAUCAUGCCGUUGGGGGUGAGCUCACCUCUGUGCCUGAGGACUCUUGGAAUACUGUCCUGAAGGAGAAACACCCUGAAAUGCUCCACCUUUUGCAAUUCCCGUACAAUGGCGAGCCCCCGAAGCGGCUCACCACCGCCCAGUCCGUCACACCCAACUCCCUACACUUCGUCCGGAAUCACGGUGGUAUCCCUCUAAUCGAUAAGGACAAGUUUUUCUUGAAGCUGGAUGGACUUGUCAAGAACCCCAAGACGUAUACUAUGGAUGAUCUGAUGGAUGAAUCCAAGUUUCCUCGUAUGAAGAAGAUGAUCACAAUGCAGUGUUCUGGAACCCGUCGUUUUGAGCAGAUCUCGCUCUACGCCGGCCAGGGAGAUGAGGUUCCCCAGGCACCGUGGGCCGAAGGCGCUAUUGGAACCGCGGAAUAUGUUGGUAUCAGCUUGAAGAAGGUGAUUAAGGACUGCGGUGGUCUUCUCGAGGGUGGUAAACACCUUGAGCUCUACGGUGCGGAGACAUACUUCAAGAACAACGAGGUGAUGAACUAUUUGGUCAGUGUACCCUGGUCCAAGGUCAAGGCCAAUGAGGUCAUGCUGGCUUGGGAAAUGAAUGGCGAACCCCUUCCCAAGAUCCACGGAUACCCCCUGAGGGUGAUGGUGAUGGGAUAUAUCGGUGCUCGCAGUGUCAAGUGGCUGUACAGAAUCAAAGCCAUCGAAACACCCAGUCUGGCACCCGUUCAGAGCAAGGAAUAUCUCUACUUCAACCAGCAGGUUGGCAAGCAUAACCAGCGCCCCACGGACGGUAUUCAGAUCCAAGAGAUGCCCGUCAGUUCCGCCAUUAUGUCUCCAUGGACGAACCAAGUCGUUAUCCACAACGGCAAGAUCCGCUGCAAGGGAUGGGGCUAUUCCGGUGGUGGUAGAUGGCCGGAGCGAAUCGAGCUCUCGGCCGAUGGCGGCUUCACCUGGUAUGCGGUUCCUCUCGAGAAUAUGUCCGAAAAGCGCCAGUGGACGUGGCGUACGUGGGAGAUUGACCUUCCAUGUGAUGUGGAGGGGUGGAUUGAAAUCGUGUGUCGCUGCUGGGAUAACGCUCUGAAUACGCAGCCUCUGGCUGUUCGUGCGGCCUGGAAUUGGGGUCUACAUGUGACGAGCUCGGCACACAGGAUCAAGGUGUACAGUAUCAAUAAGAGCCGCCCGUUGACUCGGGAGCGCUUGGAGAUGCUCAAGGCGCACGACCAGCCUCUUGCCCCCCUAACCUGGCCAGAGGAACUGCAGACACAAACCUGGGAGGAAUAUAAGGAGUUCUUCAAGAAGAACCCCAGAGACGUUGACGAGUACUAA